AAAAGAAUUUAGAAAAAGCCUUUUAUUGGUAUCAAAAAGCGGCAGAAAAUGGUGUAGAAGUGCAAUGAAUAAUUUAGCCAUAUGUUAUAAAAAUGGAGAAGGAAUAGAAAAGAAUUUAGAAAAAGCCUUUUAUUGGUAUCAAAAAGCGGCAGAAAAUGGGUAUGAAAGUGCAAUGUUUAAUUUAGCCAUAUGUUAUCUUUAUGGAGAAGGAACAGAAAAGAAUUUAGAAAAAGUCUUUUAUUGGUAUCAAAAAGCAGCAGUAAAUGGACAUAAAGUUGCAAUGCAUAAUUUAGCUAUAUUUUAUAAAAAUGGAGAAGGUACAAAAAAGGAUCUAGAGAAAUCUUUUUAUUGGUAUCAAAAAGCAGCAGAAAAUGGGCUUGAAUAUGCAAUGAAUAAUUUAGCCAUAUGUUAUAAAUAUGGAGAAGGAACAGAAAAGAAUUUAGAAAACGCCUUUUAUUGGUAUCAAAAAGCAGCAGAAAAUGGGGGUGAAUAUGCAAUGUAUAACUUAGCCACAUUUUAUAAAAAUGGAGAAGGAACAGAAAAGAAUUUAGAAAACGCCUUUUGUUGGUAUCAAAAAGCAGCAGAAAAUGGGCAUAAAGAUGCAAUGAAUAGUUUAGCUAUAUUUUACGAAAAUGGAGAAGGUACAAAAAAGGAUCUAGAGAAAGCCUUUUAUUGGCAUCAAAAAAUGAUAGAAAGUAAUGAAAUAGGUUCUAAAAAUGAAGUUGAAUGUGAUGAAUGUAAACAACCAUAUAUUGAUCACCAGUGGUGCCAACAAUGUAAUACUAAACGUUUUCAACAAGAUUUUUCCAAGUGGACAAGUAAAAAUAAAUUUAUUGAUAAAUUUAUUCAAGAUGCACAACUAAGUGCUAAAAGUAGUUAUGAGCUUUUAGAAUGGAUACCUUAUAAUAACUUGACAAAAAUUAACUAUUAUGAUAAAGGAGGAUUUAGUGAAAUUCAUAAAGCUAUCUGGUUGGAUGGACCUGUUUAUGGUUGGAAUGCUGACAAACAACAAUGGAAUAGACAAACAGACUAUGAGGUCAUUCUUAAAACACUUAAUAAUUCAUCAAGUUUAAAUAGUAAAUUUCUAGAUGAGUGGAAAUAUCAUUAUAAUUGUCAGAAACAAUCAUUUUCAAAAUUCAUUCAAUUUUUUGGGAUUACUCAAGAUCCAAAUAAUUUAAAUUAUAUAAUAGUAAUGAGUUAUGCAAAAAAAGGAAGUUUAAGAAAAUGUUUAUCUAAUAUAAUUAAAUUUAAGUGGCAAGACAAGUUGCAAUUAUUGAAAAAAAUUAUACUAGGACUUAAAAUAAUUCAUGAGUCAAAUUUAGCUCAUGGUGAUUUUCAUGAUGGCAAUAUAUUAAUGUCAAAUGAUUACAAUGAGUUAUUUAUUAUUGAUUUAGGAUUGUGUAAACCUGUAAGUGAAUUACAAGAUUCUGAUAAUGAAAUUUAUGGAGUUCUGCCUUAUAUGGCGCCUGAAAUAUUAAGAAGAUAUUCCUAUACUCCAGCAAGUGAUAUUUAUAGUUUUUCAAUGAUAAUGUGGGAAUUUACAUCAGGUCAUCCUCCAUUUAAUUAUGAAGAACAUGACCAAAACCUUGUCUUAGAUAUUUGUGAAGGAAAACGUCCUGGAAUUAUAAAAAACACUCCAAAAUGUUAUAUAGAUUUAAUGAAAAAAUGUUGGGAUUCAAAUCCUUCCAAUAGACCAACCAUAAUGAUGCUUGAAAAUGUUAUAUCUGAAUGGAUUAGAUGUAUGAAUGAAUAUUAUAGAUUAAAUAGUGAUGGAAAUCAUAGAUAUGAAGUACCUAAUAUUUAUGAUCAAUUAAAAAAUGAUUUGAUGGAAUUUGUAAAAGCAAACAGAGCUUUAAUACAAGAACAAGUAAAUACUUCUAUCAUAUAUUCUCAUCCACAAGCAUAUUAUGCAAGUCGCAAACUUACUGAAAUUUUGAAUCAAAAAAGUUUUGAAUACAUUACUGAAAUUUCAGAUCAAGAGAAAACUCAAUGUUAUGAAUGUAUAAUUGAAAAUUAAUGAUUAUAUUGAUUAUUCUUUAUUUAGUGGAUUAUUUAUCAAUUAAAGUGCCAUUCAUUAUAAUGACAUCUUGGUAAACUGAUGUAUACUAAAAUGACAAAACUAUUAAGAACAAAUUCCAUUAUUUAAAUUUGCUCGUUAUAAUGACAUUAUUAUGAAUAUUACUAUAUAAUAACUGUGACAUGAAAUUUUGAUAAACUAAUUUUUACAAAGCCACAAUCAAGCUUGAUAUAAUAAUGACAUCAUGAAUAUAAUGAUAGUCGUCAGUCAUUAUAGAAAUGUAUUAAAGUUUAUACAACAGCAGGAUGAAAAUUUGAAAUUGAUGACAAAUUAAUGAAUGGUUUAAAAAAAUUACAAAAAAAAAAUAUAUAAUAUAAAAUAUAAUAAUAAAGUAGUAUCAGCAAAACAGACUAGUUUUUUCACUAAUUAAUUCUUAGUAGCUUUAUUAAUUAUACUAGUAUAUUGCUAAUAGCUAUAUGGUUUAUA